AGUGUUUACAACAAGCAAGAACAAGCAUUGUCAAUGUAGAAUUAUAUUUCACAUACACCACCACGCCGUUAGCAUUUUGUGUAAAUUUUUCUACAAAAAAUUGUGUUUUCUUAAAGAAUAUUUAUUUUUAAUAACAAUAUAAUGGAUACCAAUGAAAGUCCAACAAAUAGCGUAGCUGGUAAAAAUAAAACAAAGUCUAAAACUACUGCCAUAGGAGAAUUUAAAAGCAUUGAAGAAUUUACUAAGAAAGGUUUAUCAGAAAUUAUAGAAGCCACGAAAUGUGCCAACGCCUUUCCUCAAGGAGCCUCUAGAGAUCUUUAUUGUGCUUAUCCUACUUAUGGACGUGUUAUCGAUGAACAAUCGCAUAGAAUAUUAGGUCUUAUAUCGCACGUGUUAAAGUGGCAAAAUGUUAAGGGCAACAUACAACGCCGCCAGCCAGAUGAACAAUUCGAAAUGCUAUUGGAGUGCAACGAUGUCAUGUUUGAGAGACUGCAGUCUAAUCUAGAUGAAUUAGCUGGCAUCAAAAAGAAUCCACAAACCAUAGUAGUAGAGUCGCGCCUCAAUUCCAUAUCAACGGGAGCGACUCCCGGCAAAGGUGCUGGCAGUUGGAAUUUGAAAAAUAAUGACAGUAGUCCUACAAUAGCUGCCAGAUUGAUUACAGCCAAAAAUAUUGCCAGACCACAGGUGAAAUUCCAAAUACCAGUGGACAAUAGUGCCGAAACACCAUUUGUACCCAAAAUUAAGGACAAACCAAAUUCUCUAAAACCUUUGGCUAUUUUGCCCGAAUACGAUGAGCAUGGCAAUGUGGUCAGCUAUCUACAUCCUUAUGAAUAUGAGUUAAUGAAAUUUGAAGCACCCAACAGUUUGUUGAAACCGCGGCAACCACAAAAACCAAAAGAUACUGCCCAAACAGAACUGAUGUAUGUUGAUUCACCUGCUAAGCUAAGACAAGCUUUGGAAGAGUUGCGAACAGCUACAGAAUUAGCAAUUGAUGUUGAACAUCAUUCCUAUCGUACUUUCCUGGGUUUCACUUGUUUGGUACAGAUUUCCAGCCGCACUAAAGACUAUAUUUUCGAUGCUCUGGAAUUGAGGGAAGAAAUGCAACUGCUCAAUGAGGUUUUUACCAAUCCGAAAAUUGUAAAAAUCUUCCACGGUGCUGAUUCGGAUGUUGAAUGGCUGCAGCGCGAUCUAUCGUUGUACAUUGUUAAUAUGUUUGAUACUCACCAGGCGGCGAAAGCUUUAAAUUUUGCCCGUCUAUCCUUGGCAUACUUAAUGAAACAUUAUUGUGACAUAGAAAUCGAUAAAACUUUUCAACUAGCCGAUUGGCGUAUACGACCUUUACCCCAAGAACUGGUGGCAUAUGCCAGACAAGAUACACAUUUCCUCAUCUACAUUUAUGAGCGUCUGACCAAUGAUCUCUUGGAGGCAGCUCAUCAACAACCACAAUUAUUGCGCUCGAUUUACCAGCGCUCUAACGAGAUUUGUAAAAAACGUUAUAAUAAACCUACAAUUAACGCCGAUUCUCAUAUGGAUCUUUAUCGCAAAUCAAAAAGAAUCUUUGACAAUCGUCAACUAUAUGCUUAUAGCGAAAUAUUUAAGUGGCGUGAUACCAUAGCCCGUUUGGAAGAUGAAAGUUACGGCUACGUCUUACCUAAUCACAUGAUGUUACAAAUAUCUGAAAGUUUACCACGUGAAAUGCAAGGUAUUUUAGCUUGCUGUAAUCCCAUACCGCCAUUGGUACGACAACAUUUACACACUCUUCAUCAAAUUAUUUUAAAGGCUCGUGACCAACCUUUGGUUAAACCAAUUUUAGAAGCUGAAGCUAGUCACCGCGUGGCUUAUGCGAAUGUUAAAGAUUACAAUAGUAAAUUACAUUGUCCUCACGAUUUGUCGCAUCAUGAAGAGUUUAGAGAUGAUUUGCCAACUUUGAUUAGUUUCGAUAAGGAAAAAGGUGUCAAGUUCAAUACCGAUGUCGAAUCAUUGGGUAAAACAAAGAUUAAAAAGCCGGUCCUAAGUGUAUUCGAUACACCAGAGAAUUCCGAAGAGGAUGAACAAACGAUACGUCAUCAACUUGUUGAAAAACAAAAAAUACUUUUACCUUAUCAGCGUUAUAUGGCGGUUUUGCCUAUGGUAGAAAAAGAGAAACGUGAAGAGGCAGCUCGCAUAGAUGCUGAAAAUAAGAAACGGCAAUUAUGUCCACAAGCACCAACUCUUAUGCCAGUCGAAAAAGACUCUAAAGAUGCCAUUAAUAUCAAAAAGGAAGAUGACAUGUAUAGUAUGCCUAUCAGGGAAAUGCUGAAACGUAAAUACGAAGAGUCAGUUGCUAAGAAAGCCGCAAAUUCUGCUGCAGCUAAACGUAUUAAAACCGAAGAGAAUAGUAUAACGACGACAACACCAACAGAUGAUAAAUUGAAGUUUGUUAAUUUGCCUCCAACCAAAAAAGAACUUAAACAACAAAAACAACUUAAAAGACCAGCUCCCCAAGAUAAUUCUACCACUACAAUAUCCGACGAUGAAGACGAACAAGAAGUUGUAGAAGACGAUGAUGUAGAGGAUGGACCACCCGAAGAAAGACCCACCUCUUCACGUCCGCUUGAUGGCCAAGUUUCGAAAAAUAAAUUUAAAAAUAAAAAUAAGAAAGGAAAAUUCCAAAACUCUGGCAAAGCUUAUCAAUCGUCUGACAAACCUGUGCAAACAAAUUUCGAUUAUCAAAAGGUGGACUUUAAGAAAUUCCAGGGAGGAGCUCAGAAAGCUAAAGGCACAGAAUUGAAACCUCAAUUUCAUGGCAAGGGCAACUCCAGCAAGGCUCAAAACAAGAAAUUUAAUAAACUAUUUACAUUUUCUAAUGUAAAGGCGAAUAAAAAAUAAACUAUUUAAAUUAAAGUUUUUUUUUUGUCGAGGUUUUAUAUUAUGAUUUUACAAUUUGUCUAACUAUAUUAACACAAUUACUAGAUUAAAAUUAUUUUUUUCUUUUUUCUCUUUUGAUAUAUUUUAUGUAUCUCUAUACAGCUUAAAAAAUAUUGAAAUAAAUAUUUUAAUUUAAAAAAAC